UCCCAAAUCAUUCCUCCCAAGCCAAACUAUAAAUCCGCGCGAUUUGAAAAGCUAUCUCAUGCUCAUGGGAUUUUCUCUUUACCCUUGUCUUCAGGAGCAAUGCUACACAGCAUACUUCAUUUUGCAUCUUAUCUCACUUGGUACCCAUUUCUUUGUCAAAGAUCUUUUCGCCACGUAAAGUUACAAGAACCACUUUGUUGGUUGGUGUCAAUUGACGAGGAAAUACAGACUUUACGGCAAGUUCUACUCGCUAAAUGUCGGCGUCAGCAAUUUCUCAAACGCCAGCUAGGUAUUACGGUCAUAAGUGAAUUGCGGGACGAGGUCACUCGGGGGGUGGACACUAUUCAAAUAUUCUGUAAAAACGCUCACGUCACGUUGGCAGCAUCUAACCCACCUAAAAAACUUCGAAUUAUAGCAUUGAUUCUUCAAUGA